UAAUGUCUACAUGGGGCUUGAACUCAUGACCCUGAGAUCAAGAGUUGCGUGCUCCAUCAACUGAGCCAGCCAGGUGCCCAAGAACCUUUUCUAUACAUUUAGAAACAUAGAACACAUAUAUUUAGGGUUAUCGUUUUCUUUUUUUAAUGUGAGUAGGGUCAUACCAUAAAUACUGUUUUUGUAACCUGCUUUUGUUUGUUUUUUAUUCAUUCAUUCAUUUAUUUAUUUUUAGCUUCAAUAACUCUUGGAGAUGCUUCCAAGUCACGACUGUGGAUCUGCCCUGGUCUUUUCAUGACCGCAUAAUAUUCUAUUUGGUGGAUGCGGCAUCAUUAAUUUAUUCCCUACCGAUAAAUAUUUCAGUGGUGUUUUCGUCAUAGUGAACACGUGAAUAUUUCUGUAUUUGUAUCUUGGGGCUCAUUUGCAAGUAUUUCUGCACGCUAGAGUCCUAGAAGUGAAAUUUCGAAUUUUGGUAAAUACAGUCGAAUUGCCUUUCCCAGAGGUUUCGCCAUGUUUUCACUCACGCAGCAAGGAGACCAUUAGCUUCACUUGCCCCUACCUACCCCACCAUCGAGUAGAGCUUAGAAUUAAAUUGUGAAUAAAGGCAACAUACACACACGCGCACACACACACACACACACACACACACACAACUUAGAGUGAUUCCAUAGAAGUUAAGAAACCUCGUCUCUCUGUGUGUGCCUGUGUAGGCAGGAGAGGUAUAGCAUUAGAGACACAGACUCCGGAAUAAGACAGUCUGUGUUUAAAUUCCUGCUCCGCCAUUUUCUCACAUUGUGAAACUGGGUUAAUUGUUUAACCUUUAUGAAUCUCUGUUUUCUAGAGAAUGGUGAUAACAAAAAUAAUGUAUCUACCUCAUAGGGUUGUUGUAAGAAUUAGAGGAGUUAAAACUCAUGAAGCCCCAUAAAUCAGGCCCGAGAAGAGUGCCUGGCUCACAGGAAGGACAUUCUAUAUGUAUGAACGUGUAGGAGAAAAGUCUGGAAGGAUACACACCAAACAGUCAAUGGGGUCAUUUCUGGAAAGGGGGUGGUAUGGAAGGCGAGUAAACAUGUUUUUUACUCUGGAUACUUCUGUAAUGUUGUUUACAAAAGGAAUGUAUUUGCAUGUCAGUUCUGUGAUUUUUUAUGAUAAUUUUAAAACCAAGAGAAAGAAUAUUUUGAUCCCAGAAACAGGAUCUGGUGGCUACUUAAGAUUGUCGAGCAUUGGGGCGUCUCGGUGGUUUGGUCAGUUAAGUGUCCGACUCUUGAUUUUGGCUCAGGUCAUGAUUUCACGAUUCGUGGACUAGAGUCCCCUGUCGGGCUCUGUGCUCACAGUGCAGAACCUGCUUGGGAUGCUUUCUCUCCCUCUCUCUCCCUGUCCCUCCCCUGCCCAUAUUCUCUCUCUCUCUCUCUCUCUCUCUCUCUCUUUCUCUCUCUCUGUCUGUCUCUCUCUCGCUCUCCUGCCUCUCAAAAUAAGUAAGUAAACAUUAAAAAGAAAAAAAGAUUGCCUAGCAUUGGCAUAUCUCCUCAGGUGCCCUUCGUGGCCAGUGAGAACCAAGAUAGGGCUGGUGGGAGCAACCUUGGGUCCUCAUAUGACCUGGAGGAAGGGACCCCUUGCCUGUCCUUCCUGUCCUCUGCCCAAGCAGCUGGUCAAAUCUGUCAGAUGCUCACUGCCUUCUGCCACAAGAGCCCAUCCCUAGGCUACCCUGCCCAAGCUCUGCUGGCUGCGGUUUGCCCUGCCCUUUGUCCACCGGGCCUUGACUGUGCAGCCACUUCUCCUGUGUCAGGGCCAUAGCCAGACGGGUUUCUCCAGCCUCCAUGCUGCCGUGCUGCCUGGCACCUAGCCCUGUGCCUAGUGCGUAAGAGGUGCUUCUUAAGUGUGCACUAGUGAACGAAUGAGCCCCAGAUCCUCCUCCCCACAUCCAACAUCACCAGGUCCCUUUUCUGUUCCUUCUUCCAUGCCCUAAGUGUGGGCUUCCUACCUCUCUGGCCAUGAACCUUGCUUAGCUCUUCUUCAGCUUUCUUUCUUUCUUUCUUUCUUUCUUUCUUUCUUUCUUUCUUUCUUUUGAGAGUGAGAGAGAGAAGGAGAGAGCACAUGAGAGAGACAGAGCACGGGAGAGGGGCAGAGAGAGAGAGAAAGAGGGAAUCCCAAGCUGGCUCUGCACUGAGCACAGAGCCUGACGUGGGGCUCGAACUCACGAACUGUGAGAUCAUGACUUGAGCCGAAAUCAACAGUCAGAUGCUAAACCGACUGAGCGCGCCCCCCCCCUCCACCGCCCCGCACCGGGUACCCCUUGCUUGGCUCUUCCUUCCGGCCCCCUUCCCCUCAAGAGCUCCACUUAUAGCACAGCUUCACCAUUCACCCAGUGGCAGGCACAUUCCUUCUGCUCUCCGCCUGGACGUCCUCACCCUAGAAGGGACUUCUCUGCAUCCCGUACCCCAAGACUAGUGGAGGGGCCCUUCUGGGCACAUUGCUAGCAUCCUGUACCUCCCUACCACAGCACUGGCCACCUCAAAACCCCUGGCUUCUCCCCACUAAUCCCUGAAGCCUCAGCAGCGUUCGCUGCUCUCUGCUGCAUCCCCGACAUGGGCAUAGCAUUGGCCUUGAGCAGGUGCUCAGGAAAUACUUGUGGAAUGAAUGAUAUGGUUGCAAAUCCUAGCUUCUCUCCUGUAUCUCAGCCUCAUAUUCCCAGCCACCUAGAGCAGUGGCACCUAAACCUAAGUGAUCAUCGGACUCCCCUGGGAGGUUUUUAAAAAAACUAAAAGUGAAAAGAGCCUCGCGUGGCACCGUGUGUUCUGCGUGCUCUCAUUUGAACACGAUGUCUCCGGAAGGCUAUGCAAGAAAUUAAGGGUAUUGGGUGGAGGGAGGCAGAAGGGAGACUUUUUACUCUACUACUUGAUUUUGUACCUUGUAAAUUAUUUACUGGUUUUAAAUUUUAAGUAGAGAACUAUUCAGGAGCCACAGUACGUAAACAAUUCAUGAGCUGAGGCAGACGCAAGGAAUGAACUUCUCCAUUGAAUUGGUGUAUCUGAAAAACUCCCCAAGUAGGGGGACAGCCCCACUUGUAGGUACCACUGUCAUCUCAGAUGCACACGGCCCAGUGCUGGUCUCCUCGUUGACGCCUAAAACUUGCUGGUCUCCCAGCGUUCACCUAUCCGUUCUGCUCUCUCCGUGUGUAAAUCCUGUCCAUCCUUCCAAGGCCUUGACAAUAUGGGCUACAAGUGGCAUCCCGACAAGAGUCACAGAAAAUCGCAGCAUAUUUGCAGAGUCUCGGAAUCUAGGAAUGUCAAAUCUUUCAUCAAUAAAAGGAAAACAGCAAAUAAAAAUCUGCUGGUGGAGCUGUACCAGCACCCACAUAAAUUUAACAGCGCUGUGCCGAACAGGCUUCCAAAUGGGGUGAACUUCUGUGACAUGGUGGGCAAUGUGGUCCGGGCUGAGAGAAACCGCCUUAGUGGCAAGUCUUUCUGUUCCGAUAGAGAAUUAGAGAAGUUUCUCUCUUCUCCUUCUCCAAGAGCCAUAUGGCUGGAUAGCUUCUGGUGGAUCUUUCAUGAGAGGUACCAGCCAAACAAGGAGAUCCAGAAUAAGCUGUUUGAUCGGAUAUCCCAACACUACGCGUCUCUCUUGUUGCAUGAAUCCAAAUCCCACUAUGAAGAGGCUCUCUUGAAAAGGCUGCCAUCUCUUCUGAGUAAAGCCCUGUACACCAGCUUCUGUUGCUGCUUCCCACAGUCCUGGUUCAACACGCACGAUUUCAAGUCGGACAUCUGCAACACAAUGAGCCUGUGGAUUUCGGGUAUAUAUCCUUGCCUACAGAGCUAUAACAGCUGGGACUACUCGGAACUAGAUCCAGAGAGAUUCCGGAGAGAAGAAUUAAUUUUGCAGAGAAAACGACUGUUAAAGAGAAGAGAGUUUCCUUUGUCCACUUCUAAGAGCUACCCCUUCCAGAAGUCUACCCAGAGCAAGGAAGCCCAGGGCCCGAAGUCUUCCUGUAUAAAUUCAACCAUGGAGAAAGGUCCUGUGGCCCAGAAGAAAUCACGGGAUGGCUCACAAACACAGAAUGCCACGAAAGAGAAUCGCCGGCAGACUCUGGUCUUGAGGAAAGCUGCAAAACAAGUCAAGAGGAUAUCAGAAGCAAGAGAAUUUGAGAAUAUGCUUCCCAAGCAGUCUUACCCAGCCUGCAAAAGCCCCGAGCUGACUUUGAACUUCUUCAACAUUUACGGGAAGAGCCCUCUGAUUGUGCACUUCCUCCAGAACCACGCCAGUCUGCAGCAGCACGGCAAAGACGUGUUGAUAGUCAGAAGGGAAAAAACCAAGAGCAUCCCUGAGUCCAUCCUGACGUACGCCGAGGUCAUCGAACUGACCCUGAUCAACAUGAAGAAGCGGAAGGAAAACCUUCGCGUGCUGAACUGGCUCCACUGGAAUGAAUGGAGUUACUUUCACGAAUACCUAAAGGCACUACAAGAAAACUUCCUCAGGGAGGUGAAGAAUAUCGAUCAAAGAGCAUUGGAUCAAAAGAAGGCAAAUCGCAUGUUCAUCCAACCUUCAACCUUCAUUGAAGAGUCCCCCGACAAGAAAUUUAGAGGAAGCCAUGAGAGGGAGAUGGCGUUUAUUUCAAGGAAGGACACCAAGGAGUCAAAACCAACUCAGAAAAAGGAAGUCAGUUUCCAUAACCCCUCACCUUCUAACACACCUGGAUUAAUCCUUAUCCAAGAAUUGGGAGAACUUUUGGCUGAAGCCUGCCCAUGUUGGGUUUCAUCUAAAACAGAAACAACAACAAAAAAAUAAUACUGCAACACAUUUAAUCAUUCCCAGUCCAUGGGACAAAGAAUAUUAAAGUUCACUUCUCUCUGGACCAAAGUCAGGAUUUAAACUGAA